AUGGCCAGCGUUGCCAGCCCACCACAGUCGACAGCAUCCAACCACAGCCACCACCCACAUCCACACACCCACAGCAUUCAGCUGCUGCACAAUGCAACGGCUGGCGGGUUGCCCCAUGGCUUGGGGCUGCUGACCACAGUUGCUUCGCUGCCGCCAAAGUAUCGCAGCCGCUAUCUGAACAUAAAAACCAAGUGUGAAAUUCCAUUGGAUCUGUCCGUGAAACCGCCAUCGCCAGUGCCACUCAGCGAUGUGCCAAUUGCGACCGCAUUUGCUGAGGUUCUCAGCGAGCCAGCACCAUCAGCAGCAGUACCAGCAGCAGUACCAGCCAUAGCAGCAGCGGCAGUUAAACCCAUAACACCACCACAGAGUCCAAUUGCAGUUUCUGCUUCCAUUGAUAUUCCACUCAAGCGUAAAGCAAGCGAACAAAGCGUUGCACAGCCAGCUGCCAAAUUGGUCAAAUCAGACGUGAGUUGUACCACCUCCACCUCAACCUCCACCUCCAUCGACACCCUACCACCCGUUGAUGCUACACCCGCCAAACCCAUUAAAGUUGUCGAGACGGCACCGCGCACGACCAAAGCCACCACAUCGAGUGCCAAAUCGACACGGAAUAAAGCGACGCGCAAAUUAAAGUUUGACGAGGAGACGAGCUCCCCAGUUUCGGGCACCAUUAUUCGACCACUGGAGGACAUCACCGAUGGCAAUAUGCAGUAUAGCAAUGGUGACAUAGAUCCCAAGUACAACAUUGUCGAAAUAACCGAGGAGACGAAAGCGGAAUUGGCGGCCAUUAAGAACGUAAUUGGUGACUAUGUCUGUCGCCUGUGCCGCAUCAAGUUUGACGAUGCCUUCGGUUUGGCCCGGCAUCGCUGUGCUUGCAUUGUCUUGCUUGAGUAUCGUUGCCCCGAGUGUGGCAAGCAGUUCAAUUGCCCCGCAAAUUUGGCCUCCCAUCGCCGCUGGCACAAGCCCAAGAAGGAGGCCGCUGCGAAAAAGGAGAAUCGCAAUACCAGCCAUCAACAGGAGCAGCCAACCAGCUCUAAGAAAUCGGCCGAUGACUUGGCUUUCGAGUGCAACGAAUGUGGCAAGAAAUUCAAACGGGCUGCUUAUCUCCGCAAGCAUCAGCAGACGCAUGCGAAGAAGGCGCAAGCAACCAUCGAGCCGGAGUCAGAGCAGGAGCAGCCAGUGGCCACAACAACGAUAACUGGCAGCUUCCAGACAGCUGUCUACAAUUCAAAUAGCUCCAGCUCGGGCAGCAGUUCGCAUUCCUAUGCCGGCACCCAUGAGGAUGAGGGCGUCUAUGUGGCGGGCGCGGCGAGCAGCAGUCACUACGAUUACGAGGCGGACUACUUGUCCGACUGCAGCUCAUCCACCUCCUCUGCGGGCUAUGGUCGCCUGCAAAUUGUCGAGCACGGCCUGACCGAGGAGGAGAGCAUUGCGGCAGCAGCUUUGACGAAUUUACGGAACUGUGCCUCCGUCAUUCAACAUACGACGAUGGCGCAUUAA